CUCUUUGGGUUGUGGAACCAACAUUUCUAAAUCCUUUUCACCUCAAUAAAUCUGGCAUUUACUUUGCUGCUAUAGGAGAAGCUGUUGAGACAAACCAGGAAACUGUUCGGCGUGGGAUUUGGCGUUGCUCAAUUUGCACAUUUGAUAAUGAUGAGAGUAUGUCUGCAUGUGAUAUUUGUGGGGUUCUUCGCUAUCCUUUGGUUAACAUUCGCAACAAUAAUGAUACAAAAACAGCUGAUGGCAUAUGCAAAGAUUCUGGAGCAUCUAUAAUGGCCAAGUCUCUUUUUGCACAAUUGCAGCAUCGGACACUGAAAAAGGCUGUGAUCUCAACACAGAAUGAUGAUGUUGUGAUAGAAGAGAGCUCUAACUUCCAAAAGCAUGGGAAUAUCCAAGGACAAUUUCACGAGGUCCAUAAGGCUUUUAGCUUUCAUGGACUUCACCAUAUCAAUAUAGCCCCUUUCAAGUUUGAUGUUCCUUCUCCAGAUGAAUUAGUUUCUAACGGAAUGCAUGCCUCCAAAAUGGCUUCAAAAGCCAAUCUCACCACUUCAGUAUCUUCUGAAGUUCCGUCAAGAGUCAUUGAUAAACAUGGUUUAGUUAAUAAACAAUCUAGUGCUAAAAGAUCAGAUAGGUCCUCUGAUUUGAUGCCAAAAGGCAGACAUGAAAAUGUGGGUGACAGAGACUUUUCAGAGAGUGGUGCAGCAAAUACAGAGUCAAGUGCUAAAGGUUCAGAUAGCUCAUCCAUGUUGAUGCCAAAAGGAAGAAAUAAUAACAAGGAUGAAAGCAAUAUUUCUUCAAUUGACCAAAAACAAACGUCAAACAGUAGUGCUGGAAAAUCAGUUUCAGAUGUGCACUAUAAGCCCGAGAAAUGGAUGAUCCCUGAUCAAGAAAACGAUGUUCUGACUCAAUUGAAUCUUGCAAUUGUUGGUCAUGUUGAUUCUGGGAAAUCAACUCUCUCAGGAAGACUGCUACACCUAUUGGGACGAAUAUCCCAAAAAGAAAUGCACAAAUAUGAGAAAGAGGCUAAACUACAGGGCAAGGGUUCGUUUGCUUAUGCUUGGGCAUUGGAUGAGAGCACAGAAGAAAGGGAGGGCAUAACUAUGACUGUAGCUGUUGCUUACUUUGACUCCAAAAAGUAUCAUGUUGUUGUGCUUGACUCCCCAGGUCAUAAAGAUUUUGUUCCAAACAUGAUUUCUGGCGCAACACAAGCAGAUUCUGCAAUUCUCGUUAUAGAUGCCUCAAUUGGUGCAUUCGAAGCAGGUGUGGAUAGUACUGGAGGGCAAACAAGGGAACAUGCACAACUUAUUAGAAGUUUUGGUGUUGAUCAAAUUAUAGUUGCGGUUAACAAAAUGGAUGCUGUGGAAUACUCCAAGGAACGGUUUGAUUUCAUCAAAAUGCAGCUUGGAACUUUUCUCCGUUCUUGUGGUUUCAAGGAUUCUUCUGUGUCCUGGAUUCCAUUGAGUGCCAUGGAAAAUCAAAAUCUGGUGGAAGCAGCUUCUGAUGCUCGUUUGUCAUCCUGGUAUCGAGGACCUUACCUGUUGGAUGCUAUAGAUUCCCUCCAACCUCCCACAAGAGAUUUUUCAAAGCCUCUACUUAUGCCAAUAUGUGAUGUCAUUAAAACAUCAUCAUCAGGACAGGUGUCUGCAUGUGGUAAAUUGGAGGCUGGAGCUCUUCGAAGUGGGUUCAAGGUUCUAGUCAUGCCAUCUGGAGAUGUGGCAACAGUGCGUUCCCUAGAACGUGACUCUCAGACUUGUGCCAUUGCAAGAGCAGGAGACAAUGUGGCUGUUUGUCUACAAGGUAUUGAUGGAAGUAAUGUGAUGGCUGGUGGUGUGCUUUGUCACCCAGACUUUCCAGUUGCGGUUGCAACUCGUUUGGAGCUGAAGGUUCUUGUCUUGGAUAUUAAAACCCCAAUUUUAAUGGGCUCUCAGUUGGAAUUUCACACACACCAUUCAAAGGAGGCUGCAACAAUUGUAAAGAUACUGUCGUUGCUCGAUCCAAAGACUGGAAAAGUAACGAAGACAGCUCCCCGUUGUGUAACAGCAAAGCAGAGUGCAGUACUGGAGGUGGCUUUGAGUGGAGCAGUAUGCGUGGAAGAGUUCUCAAAUUGCAGAGCUCUUGGGAGAGCGUUUUUAAGAGCAAUGGGAAGAACUCUUGCUGUAGGCAUUGUAACCCGAGUAAUAAAGGAGCAUGAAUAGAGGCCCACUUAAACAUAAAGAGAGUGUAGCUAAAUACACUACGGGUUUCACUAGAGACCAGUCUCUCAAGCCUCUGCAGUGCCUUCUAAAUUAAUUACUUCCAGAGUGUAGCAUUAUUUAUUUAUUUUAUUUUAUUUUAUUGAUGGUAUCUCUCUCUCCUUUUUCUUUCCAAGGGGGCCUUUAGAGCCAAAUGUGGCAAAACCACCCCCUCCUCUUCCGACUUCAAUGUGCAUUAUUCCUUUCUUUUCCUUCUCUCAGCCCAUUUGAUUCUGUGGAUAGUAAGAAAACAGCCAUUUGCUACUUGAUUCACGUGGUAUGUAUAUAUACUGGUCAUGAGUAUCUCAAAAUUAUUCUAGUGUUAUGAUUUUCAUUUUA